AUGAGUAAGAAGGCUAUUGAUGAUGCCGAUGAAUCGGGAUUUUCGUAUGAAUAUACUUCAUCUGAUUCUCUAGAAACUAUUUCCGAGGAAAUUGAGGAGUACGAGAGGGAGUAUUUUGGAGAUGUUUCUGAAGAAGAAAGCUCUGUAUCUGAGGAGAAAGCGGCUUGGGAAGACAGCGAUGACGACGAGAAGAUACGUGAGGACUACAGGAAAACUGCAACGUGGCUUGACGGAAAGCAGCCCAAGAAGCAGGUUGAAGUGCGCAGAAAAAGAAUGAAGUUUGAAUAUGAGAAGUAUUUAUUUCUUUCGAAGUGCAGAAUCAAGCUGGCCAAGGCCCGCGGGGAGUAUCUAGUUGUUGUUGAUACUUAUAGCAAUAUCUACAUACUUAAGAACUUCAAAGUGCACAAAACACUUUGGAUUGAGAUGUUUGGGAUUUCUGACUUUGUAUACAUAGGGGAUGUAAUCCUGUUCUCUUCGUGCAAGCAAAGCAACUUGAAAGAGGUUACCUUCGACGGAGAAGUUCGGAACAUAAGCAUAAGGACCAUUGAAGGAAUAAGAAAGAUGGUCAGUACUGGAGACUCCAUAUAUGUGGCUGGAGAGCAGCUAAUUCUUUUAAACGAUUCCUACGAGGUAGUUGAAACGAUUGAGGGAAAGUUUAUGGACAUUGCUGUAUCUAAAGGAUUUGUGUACGCCAUGAGCUUUAAUGGGGAGGUUAUUAUACUGACGUCCGACCUUCAGAUUCUAAAGAAAGUAAGCCCCGAGGACAAGUUUAGUUUCCGAUCAAUACACUUCUUUGCAGGUAGAGUCUUUAUUGGGACGGAAAUGGGGAUAAAGAUAUUUGACGAAGACAUGAGACCUAUCAAGGAGAUCAUGAAUCUUAAGAAUGAGGCUACAGGGUUUACAGCACACGGAGACUACGUUGUGUAUGGAUCGAACUACACCAACUCUUUGAAGAUAAUCCUCCCUGACAUGAAAUGCUACAAUAAGUUUCCGUUCAAUACCAUCAGUAUCUCUCCGAUUAAGGCUUUAGAAUCUGAUGGGAAGAACAUCAUCAUCUGCUCGGGGAGAACCAUCAAUGUCCUAAGAAUAAAACUAGAAUGA